AUGGCGACAUUGAUUCCAUAUCUAUCGAAGAGGGGCGUUCGUCAUGUUCACUAUCUACAAUUUCGACCGCCGUGGCCAUUUGUGAAGAAAGGAUCGUAUGGACAACGAAAAAUGGGACCAGUGAACGAGGAAAAGAAGAAGUGGCCUGGGCAGGACAAGGAAUUUCCCGAACUUUCGCCGAAAUUUCAACAAAUCAACCCAAAGGAGCUUCACGCGUACACCGGCGUUCAAAUGGAGGGCUACAUCGAUCCGAACACUGACAAAUUUGUGAGAAUCCCCGAAAUGUGUGCCGAGCUGAUUGUACCGAAUUUGGAAGGAUUCAAGCUGAAGCCCUAUGUUUCGUACAGGACAGAUGUAGAAAUCGAGAAGCGAAGGAAAACGUAUGAGGCGAAGAUCCGAGAGAAAGGUAGUGAGGAGCUCGCUGAUUUGCACACAUUGGAAACCGAACGGUGGCCGCCACCAAAGAUGACCGCGCAAACACUUUUUGAUCUCACAUAUGGAGAGGAAAUUCGACAAACUUUCAAGAAUAAAACGACAACGAAAAAGAGU